ACACUGCACAUGAGUGCCUAGGAAUAAAGUUUUCAAUUUUUGUCGUGUCAGUUCUGCUGGGAGGAAGCCAUGUAUCUGUUUAUUUACUUCUACCUCCUAAUGAACUUUUUAGAAGAAGUGCAUGGGUUUUGUCCUUCACAAUGCACUUGCGUUUACCAUGGCAGAAGUGAUGGCACUGGAACAAGGUCUGUGCUCUGUAACGAUCCUGACAUGUAUGAAAUCCCUGUGAAUGUUCCUGUGGACACUGUAAAACUUCGUAUAGAGAAAACUGUCAUACGAAGGAUUCCAACUGAAGCCUUUUACUACCUAGUAGAUCUCAAAUACCUGUGGGUAACUUACAACUGUGUAGCCAACAUUGAUAUCAGCAGUUUCUAUAACUUGAAACAACUACAUGAGCUACGGCUGGAUGGUAAUCUGCUUUCGACUUUCCCUUGGGAGUCGCUGGCAGAGAUGCCCAACCUAAGGAUUCUUGAUUUACACAACAAUAAAGUGACCAGCAUUCCUGCUGAUGCUGGCCGGUACCUGAGAAACCUCACCUACCUGGACAUAUCCAGCAACAAGCUAACCACCUUGCCGUCAGACUUGAUGGACAUUUGGCCCCCCUUCUCAGAAGCUCUCCUGCCCAAGAACACAGAUGUUCUGGUGACCCAGAGAGUCAUUUUGGGUUUGCAGGACAACCCAUGGUUUUGUGACUGUCGCAUUUCGAAGCUAAUUGAAUUUUCCAAAAUUGUGGACAACUCGGUUGUACUUCUUGAUCCAUUGGUUUCAUGUAGCGGACCUGAGAGUCUGGCAGGAAUCUUGUUCCAGAGAGCUGAGUUAGAGCAGUGUCUUAAACCAUCCGUGAUGACAUCAGCAACAAAAAUCACUUCCCCACUGGGAAGCAACGUUCUGCUGCGCUGUGAUGCGACUGGGUACCCAACACCGCAGCUUACUUGGACUAGGUCAGACAAUAUACCGGUGAACUAUACAGUAAUUCAAGAAACACCCGGAGAGGGUGUCAGGUGGUCCAUAAUAAGCUUGACAGGGAUUUCAUACAAGGACGCAGGAGAAUACAGAUGUAAAGCCAAGAACUUAGCAGGAAUGUCAGAAGCUGCUGUUGCUGUCACAGUGGUUGGUGUAAUUACUACAACUGUGUCCCCACAGAAGUAUGUAAGGAAGCAAGAGGCAGAGGGACAGAAUACAACUCAGGAGGAAUCCAAGCAGGAACCUGAGCAGACAACCAUACCUCUUCUCACCACAGCCACCACCACAGCACUGGUUAGCACUGAAAGAUCAACGAGCAUCAGGCUUACUGACAAGAAGCAAUCCAGGCCUGUGAUAGAUGGAAAGAAAAAUCCAAAGGCAGUGACAAAUGGAAACAAAAAGCAGGCUGGGGAGGUAAGCAAGAAGGGUGAGGAGACGAAACAGACUGGGGAGGUGAGCAAGAAAGGUGAGGAAACUUCAUUGAAUACAGCAGGUAUGGAUGAGCAGAAUGUUACUGUAAAAAACCUAAGGGUGAUCAGUGAAACUGAUGAAAGAGUGACCUUAACUUGGAAAACUGUCAAUGCCACAAGCAACUCUGCAGUGACUGUGUUAUACUCAAAGUAUGGUGAGAAAGAUAUGUUGCCUCUGAGCACUGAUUCUAGCAAAAACAAAGUCACGAUUGAUGGUUUGCAACCAAGUACUCAAUAUAUGGCAUGUGUCUCGCCCAAAGGAGUGCCACCUACAAAAGAGCAGUGCAUUAUUUUCUCCACUGAUGGGUUAAACAAUGAAGAGAGCUCUCAGUUUUCAAUUCUGAUAUUGGCCAGCAGUGCAGCAUGUGUGGUUGUUUUACCUUUGAUACUUUUCUUACUCUACAAAGUUUUAAAACUUCAUGUGAAACCAAAAACUGCCAAGGAAGCUGAACUUGCAAAAGAGACCUAUGUGAAAUUUGAAACACUAUCUCUGAAGCCUCGAACAGUAAAUACAGGAGAGCAGCUCUGGGCACGAAGGUACACAGAUGAGUCGGAAAGACUUCUCCUUUGUUCUAGGUCAAGCAUGGAUUCUCAAAUGACCUUCAAAAGUGAGGGUUCUAGGUCUGAGUAUCUGUGUUGAACAUGGGUGACGGUGGAGGAGAUGGCAUAUACAAUAGGUAAAAUUAAUCCAGAAUGAUGAUACUGCACCUGGAAGCAGGUUGGUGCUAGGUGGUGGUCACAAUAUGUUAUCUGAUGUAAUACAGUCUACUGGACGGGUAGGGUGGUGGGUGGGAGGGAGAAUAGAAGAGAGAUGUUGCCUCUUCAUUUUCUUUUUUUAUGUUUGUGACUUUGCAUGUGAAGGAAUGAUGUUCUUCAAAAGAUAAAUACAUCAUGAAAUGGUUGCCGGGUUAAAGAUCUUCUAUACUUUGUUUUCAUUAAAACAUCAUUCUGUUUUCUCUUCUCUCAUUUUACUGUAUGAUGUGCUAGUUGCAUGUAUCAAACAUUAAUCACAACUUUCGUGAAAACUUACGUACUUAAAAAUAAUAGGAAAACGGUUUACAUCUAUUGAGGUCAACAUUUUAUUUAAAAAUUUGAGUUUUCUUCUGACAUCAGCUUUGAGAUGUCAUUCAGCUCUGUUUGUACAGUAUCUUGGACUGGAGUUAUUUUCGGGCCAAUCAAGGCUGAAGCUAGGUAGCCAUAGCUUAUGGACUCUUGAGAGGUACAAUACACAUAUCGUCAUUUUGCAGAUGCUGUGGCAAAGGUGCUUCUGUAGUGUUCUGAAGCUCAGGUAAGAUAUCAUUAUGAGUAACUCUGUGAGAGAUACUAGAUAUUAAUAAUGUUAACUUACAUCAAAUGAUCUUAUUGCGAAAUCUCAGCCUUAGAAUUUACUUGGAUGCAUUUGUCUAUAUACCUCAAUUCCAGAAAUCUGUACAGAAAAUUUUGUGGCACUGUGUAAUACAACACACACUCAUAUAUUACAUAGAUUUUGCACAAUAUUAUGUACUACAGUGUAGUAAUAUAAUACAUUUUGAGAUACAGUAUGAGGAGGUCUUGUCCUCAGGUCAUGUUGGAUGUGUAAUGAAGUUUGAUGAGCAUAGUGAAAGUUAAUUGUGAACAUGCUUCCCAAUGUUUAAAAAAAUCAGGUAUUAAUAGUAACGAUGAAUGCAGAAUUGCCUAUUAAUGAUAAUAAUGAAUUGUCUAUUCUAAGGCUGCUUUUUUAUUGCCUGAAGUAAAUAACAGUGUUUAUUGUUGUAGGUUUAGAUAUUGUGGUUAGGAGUACGUAUGAAUUGAGAACCACAGCUUUUCCUAAAAGUUACAACUGCAUUGUUUUCUUGGACUUUUCUAUGUCUAGAAAAACUGUUUGUUUUGUUAGGAAGCUGGGAAUCUUUUCAUUCCAGAGGGAGAAAUAUUACCCAAAGCUACAAACCACAGCUUAGGUAGUUAACUUUAUAAUAGUGGCAUUUCUUGGUGUCGCUAGUGUAGGAUUAAAUUUUGCCUGCUGGAAUGCUAGAGAGCUUAUUUUGUAAGGCGUAGGUUGGAGAGAGGAAAACACUUUGUCAAAAAACCUCCAACAUGAAAUCACAGCAGAAAAUGAAGAUGUUGAAAAAAUCUCCAUGGUAUUUACAUGAUGGUGCUUGAUGGCCAGGCAUAAUAGAAUAAGUCUUUGAGACCAUGGGAGCUGUAGUAACAAAGCAGUUGAGAUGUUCAAAAGUGCAAAAUUAGCUUACCUUAAUAUACUUUUAGAGGUAACCUUGGUGUUCCUUGCUGUAUUACUAGUAUGUGUGGUUAAAACCCGAUGUUUCUUCUUUUUCCAUGAGUGCAGUGAAAAUGGUUUUAGUUUUCUGAGUGGAAUAUUUUUACUUUGGCAUUUUUUUUUUAAUUCAGGAUUUUUUUUAGGGAAAUCAGAUUCUUUUUUGUGUCAAAACCAAGGUUCAUCUGACAAGCAGUUUAUGAUAAACUAAAUGUUUAACAAGACCUGAAGUGUUACGGUAUUUGCCUUCCAAUUCUGUAUAGAUAGUGUAGCCACUAGUUGCUGCUGAAACACUGCGCUUGUUAUUAAUGACAGCAAUUGUUUUAACAUUUGUUUUUUAAUUCCUGGACAAUAUUUGACUUCAGCUUUUUGCAAGAAAUUUUAAUCUAAUUCUGGAGGUCAAAAGUGCUAUCACGUGACUUGUAGAUGAUACAUCAAUAUAUUGGACUGAGGUGGUACAGAGCUUGCUUGAGGGAGCUCACUUGCAAAUGUGAAAUCUUUUGGUUUGAUUAAUCCUUGUGGAAUUAGCAUGACCUAAAGUUAGAAAUUAAUCUCUAUGACCAUGAGCGCUAUCAGUCUGUCAAAGAUGGAGUGUAUUAUAAAGGGUGUAUUCUUCCAAUAAAACAUGAGCUACAUUAUUUUUUUCCAUAGUUCUUGAGACAACAGUUCUACAACCCAGACACACUUCUGUACCUCAUGUCAAAACAGCAAAUUUGUUGGGGAACUUCUAUAGGAAUUUGAUACAAAGGCCAAAUCACACAAUGAAGACGUGCUCUGUAUCACCCAAGACUGGUUUAAUUCAAGAGCUGAAAAAAUACUUCUGGUUACAGAUGCGUAUUUUAAUACUGUAAAUUGUUAAUAUUAAUGAUGAAAUCAUUAUGAGAGAGAUUUUUGUCACCUGUAAUCAAUUUGUAUAAUGUCUUCUGAAAUGCAAUACUGAAUCAAUCCUCACUAUAAACAGUGAUGACUAUAACCUAUGCUUGCCUGGUAGGAGAAUUUGGAGAGGAUUUAACCAGUGUUUGUGCAUUGCCUUUCACGUAUUUUGCACUUUGUUAGCUCGAUUCAUCCUGCAUUUCACCAGGAAGGUUCAACAUACAUUACCUACAAUUGUGUGUGUCAAAAUUGAACGGUUAAUGAAAUAAUGGAGUAAUGACAGCUGAAUCCCAAAUAGACCUCAUUUUUACUUAAAGCUUUAGUGGGCCUCAGCACUUGUAGUUAACCGCAAUCCUGGCUUCAAUGUGCACUUACUAAGCCAAACUGUAGGCAUCCACACAUCUAUUUUAGUCCUUGGCAUUGCUGACAGUGGACUUUGUAUUCCUUGCACUGUCAUCAGAUUCUCAUACUUUUCUCAGGUGGUGAUUAAGAGAGAAAACUCUUUUGUGUGUACCAUACCAUAAAAAUGUCUAUAAUAGUGAAAACAUGCAGACUUGGGCUGUAUCUAAGAGGCUAAACAAAGAACAUUUCAAAGUCAUUAUGUUUUCAAAGAAGUAUUUAACAUAGCAGUUGUUUUGAUGUGAAA